AUGGCAUUACCUAUCGGUGCAGUUAGAGUCGUGGUAAUGGCUUUUGUUGGCAGCUCCCUUGCUCUCCUUGCGUUCGCCCUCCGACUGUGGUCAAGAUAUAUACAAAGAGCACCGUUAGCUUUCCACGACUGGAUUGCUUUUGAGGCCGGUAUUGGCUACGAUGUCGUGGACCUGUUGAAAACUCACCCCGAUGUUUUUGCCACCUAUUCCAAGCUUGCAACACCCUGCCGGCUGCUCUGGGCAGCGGCAAACACUGCCGUCAAAGUGUCCGUCCUCGAGCUCUACAUGGCGCUGUUCCCCGGCCUGAGGUUCCGUCGAAUGUGUUAUUCUAUUAUGGCCCUUACUUUCCUAUACCUGAUCUUCGUGAUUUUGCAAGAAUUUGUAUUUUGUCGCCCUGUCAAGUACAACUGGGAUCAAUCCAUCCCUGGAUAUUGCGACGUGGAUGGCCAAAGAAUCGCAUUUGCAUUUGCCGGGGGCACUAAUCUAGUCAUUGACGCCACCGUGGUUGCCCUACCAAUGCCAAAGAUUCUCCGCCUCAAGAUGUCACUCAGAAAGAGACUGAGCAUAGUUUCCAUGUUUAGUUUUGGAGUGCUAAUCUGCAUCAUCUCUUUGCUCCGCGUCUUCGCGCUCAGUCAGUGGGACCCUGCAGACGGAACAUUUGCGUCUGUAAAUGUGCUGAUCUGCACAAUUCUCGAGCAGACCUUAGGCGUUGUCAACAGCUGCCUACCUACCAUCAAACCUGCGAUCCUAGCCAUUGCUGGCAGGAAGCCCGAUCGGCUCAACAAUUCACCUAAACACUCCGGCCCAUCCUUCAGUAACCGAAUAGCGGUACAUCGCAACGGAAGGCAGAAUCUUGACACGGAUAUUCCUUUAUCUGAGUUCGAGCGGCUGGAUGAUGAGUACCCGCUCACGAACACUCACGUGGAAAGAGAGGACGUAUUGGCGCCGAGGAAUCGUGGAGAGAUCACAGUUGAGCAUCGAUGA